AUGGCUGAGGAGGAUAACUUUGAUCUGGAUAUUUACGGAGAUGGUGGUUACAAUGGCCAGGAGGGACCAGAGUUGAUUCUCGAUGCGCCCGAGACGAACGGUCAUGAAGGCGGGGAAACUCAGUAUGGUAACAACGAUAAUGCACAGUCGACCAACGGGCAAGACGCGUCACAUCAAAAUCAGAGCUCGAAUCAGCCACAGCCACAGCAACAGCCGCCUGUGCAACAAGGCCAGAAGCGCAAAGAAAUGACUUCCUCGUCUGAGGAUCGGCCCACCGAUCCAGAUGCUACCACUGCGCUUUUCAUUUCGGAACUAUUCUGGUGGACGACUGACGACGAUAUUCGCGGCUGGGUCAACGAGGCUAACGCUGAGAACGAGUUGAAGGAUGUCACUUUCAGCGAACACAAAGUCAACGGAAAGAGCAAGAGUCAAGCCUACGUGGAAUUCACCACACCACAGGCCGCAACUGCAGUCAAACACUUAAUCGAGCAUUACGCCAAUACCGGCCAACCCGGUCGUAAACACAACGCCAACUAUACAAAUCCCCACCAGAACCCAUUCCGCACCCUACCCAAGGACGCACCCGCUCGUAAAGAUGAUCGCAAUAGCAGACCGUUCAAUCAACCUGGAACCCAGAAUAUGGGCUACGGCAUGAACAAUGUAGCCGGCGGAACCGGGGGCGGCUUCCGUGGACGUGGAGGGUUCAACCGCGGGGGAAUGGGUUACAACAAUCGCAACUUCUCUGGAGGUAUGAACACCGGUUUCCAAGGUGCUGGCGGGCCCAUGGGUGGUGGUGGCUUCAAUAACCCAAUGGGAGGUGGCAUGAGUAAUUACGGCGGUGGCUUCAACCGCGGCGGAAACAUGAUGGGUGGCGGUAUGCGUGGUGGCCCCAAUAUGCGUGGCCGUGGUGGUGGACCCAAUAUGGGUGGUGCACCGAAUAUGAUGGGUAUGGGCAUGAACCCGAUGGGCGGGAUGGGUAUGAAUCCUGCCAUGACUGGCGGUAUGAAUCCUAUGAUGGGCAACAUGGGCAUGGGUUUUCAAGCUGGAAACUUCAACCCUAAUUUCGGCGGCGGUUUUCAGGGUAACCCUCAAAUGGGCAAUGAUCAAGGAGCAUGGAACCCGCACGGAGCAAAAAGAACGAGACAGGAGUGAUCAAGAUUCCAAAUAUCGAAUCGCCGCCUCACUCUUAAGCCGUCUCUUCAAAUCAGCAUACAAGCCCAUUAUAAACAUCGCAACCUCUUAAACCCUCUUUUCGUCCCUUCCCUUUCUAUCUUCCUUACUAAGAAUAGCGGCGAAUUUUUUCUUUGCUCUGGGUCUCUCUAUCAGAAUCAUAACUAUUUGGCGUUCUUUGCUUUUAUCCUGUUUUACCUUUCCAAUGGUGUUUAGAAGAAAAUUUUUCUCUCGAUUUUUCCAUUGCUAUUGUACCUGGGGUUAGUUUUUUUUUUCCCUUUCUACUUCGUUGCAUGUAGGUAUGUGUGUGUAUUGAAUAAAUUGGAU